AUGGCGGCUUAUGGUGCAUCGGUUUCUCUUAAGAAUACAAUUCAGCGUAUUCUACAAUCGUCUCGUAUUUCGCUGGUUCCUGCCUCUCUACAAAUCUUACAAUCCGCAAACGAAUCCAUGUGCCGUCUGCAAAAAGUUCUGCUAAAAUUAGACGACACCAGCUGUAAGAAGAUCAGGGCGAAGGUGAAUGAUUUGGAUGAACGAAUGAAAGAGGUCGUAUGGGAAUUCGAAGAUUUACUAGAAUCUCAUGUGUAUGAACAUAUUCUUCCACAACUCGAAGGUGAGAGAGAUCGCUUGUCUUUCUAUGUAGAUCUGCAGAGUCUGCGGCAGAGUGUUGAUUGCUUCAUCGAGAGGGUGACGGUGAUGGAGGCGGAAUACGAUAAUGAACUACUGAAUAUGCAUGAAGAAGAAGGUGAACCUCUUUCCUCAAGAAUUGAUUUUGGUGGAAUCAACUCAAAGAUGGUUGGAUUAUCUGAUGAAUUUGAACAAGUCAAGGAUUAUUUGAUCAAUGAUAGAGGGAAUCGGUUGUUAGUUACUGGGAUGGCAGGGGUUGGAAAGACAGCUCUUGCUAAGAAAGUAUUUGACGAUUCAUUGAUUCAAAGACGUUUCGGGCAUCGAGCAUGGAUCAAAGUGGGCAGAAAAUGUGAAUUCAAGGAAACAAUACGAUGCAUUCUAGCUCAAGUGGAUCCCAACACUCACGGCCAAAUUAUUACCCUAGCGGACGACAAUGACGGCCAGGAAUUAGUUGGACUCUUGAAAGAGAGAUUGAAGGAUAAGAAAUGUCUCAUUGUGUUUGAUGAUGUAUGGGAAUGGGAUACACGAGUGAUGUAUAACUUGCAUGAAGAGAAUGUCCGGAUCUUGAUCACAAGCAGACUAAGAAUUGAAGAAUUGAAUAAUCUUGCUACUAAGGCUACGUUACGGUUGUUGAAUAUAGAAGAAAGUAAGAAAUUACUUGGUGAGAGGCUGUUUGGUGAAGAGGGGUUCCCUCCUCACCUUGAGAAAUUGGGUGAGAAGAUUGCCUACAAAUGUGAAGGUCUUCCACUUAUGAUAGUCACAGUUGCAAAGCUUCUAUCCAAAGAAGACAUGACCCGACAAUAUUGGACCGAGGUAGCUGAAAAGCAGCAUAAUUCAGUCUUUGUGGAAGCAUAUAAUCAAAUAUCAGAGGUACUUUUCCCAAGCUAUGACUAUCUACCUCAAUAUUUUAAAAUGUUUUUUCUCUAUUUGGGCGCUUUCCCUCCAUAUAGUGAUAUCGAAAUACACAACCUUUUUGAUCGGUUGUGUGCUGAGGGGUUUCUUGAACCAACUGGAGAACAAACUUUGGAAGAUUUCAUGGUCGAAUGCUUGGUUGUGCUUGCUCACAAGUAUCAUCUUGUUUUACUCGGAUUUGAUCAAGAAUCUUGGUUUUUGAAGAAAGAGUUACACGUGCAUUCGUGUUGGCAAUACUUGUGUAGGAAAGAAGCUAGUAAGAUCAAGUUUUUGCAUGUUUUACAAAGUUUUGAUGACGUUGUGAAAGAUCAACGUCGGUUAUGUGCCCAUUCCAAUACUUUAUUUGCCUUCAAGGAAGUGCAUGAAUCAAUCAAAAGUGAUUGUGCACCCACUAACCGGUCUCUCCUUUGUUUGGGUCCUUUUCACCAAUAUCCGUUGCCAAUAAAUGCCAUGGAUUUUAAGUUGCUCAAGGUAUUGGAUGCUCUUCAGGUUCGAUAUUACCAUUUCCCACUUGAAAUUCUAAAAUUAGUCUGUCUGAACUACCUUGCCCUAACUUGCAACAAAGAGCUCCCCGUUUCCAUAUCCAACCUUUUUCACCUUCAAUUCUUAAUUAUCUUUCAACAUACAAACAUUAAGAAGCGCGGAGCUAUCUCGUAUAUGCCGGUGGAAAUAUGGGACAUGCAACAACUACAACAUAUUUAUGUUGUGGGAAGAGACCUACCGACCCCUAAUUCUGAUGUUACAUUGGACAAACUAUCCAGUCUUGUUGGUGUGAGUACAAUGAGUUGCACCACAGAUAUUCUCAAAAGAAUCCCUAAUUUAAAGGAAUUAAUUAUUCAGAUGGAGUUGAAGCCUUAUGAUGAUGACAAUGAUAGCAACUCAUUGAAUGGAUUGGAAUAUAUCUCAGAAGAACUCCGAAAUUUAGAGGCACUUUCAUAUUUUGUGAAGAACCCUGAAUUGAAGUAUGAGUGUAGGGUUCCUCUUUCAGUGUUCCCAUCAAGUCUGACAAUAUUGCAUUUGAGUGGCUUGGGGUGUCCAUGGAGGUACAUGAAUGACAUUGGUGUGCUACUACCAAAUCUUGUGAAUCUCAGGUUAGAACACUAUGCCUUUCAAGGCUCAGAGUGGAAUAUAGAAUCAAAGUGUUUUUUGAAACUUGAGAAACUUGUAAUGGAAGAUACUGAUUUGGUGAGAUGGAGAGCCCAACAUGGAAGCCUCCCAAGGCUUGACCUUCUAAGCAUACGACAUUGCUACAAAUUACAACAACUCGAUUGGAUGUGCAGUCCCUCAACGGUCACAACUCGUACCAUUGAAUUAGUUGAGUGCAAUCCUUUAGUUGUCGCUUCUGCCUUGCAAUUGCCUGAAGAUCACUUUACAGUUCUUUGGCAAUCUUCGUUUUGA